AUGGUAGCACUGGCAUCGAGUCAGCAUGUGAGCGUCAGAGCGCCAGGCACAAGCCGCGCCCUGAGCUGCGCAAGACGCUCGGUCAGCGUCAUCUUCCAGCGAUUCGCCGCCAAGUUGUCUGAUGGAGCCAAAGUGGUUUUCGAGCUCUUCAGAGUCUCUCAGGAAGCCUUUGAUGUAAUGGUUACAAAUUCACGCACGAUGGCAACUGGUUUAAGCUUCAUGCAGUGCGCAGGCGGUGUCAAUUCUCGAGAACACGCGUUUUCCUACGACGCUGCCGGGGUCUGCAGAGCUCAUAAGUUACGUGAAAGCUUCUGCUGCGUUGCCGACGGCGACAUUAACGUUUACGUUCGCAGGGACUUCGUGCGGAAUGAUAGCGAUACUGCGUAUGUGGAACAAGGUAAUAACCUCGUGGGAUACAUUCCAUCGCUCCUGUUUACGCUCGAAGAGCUGAAUGCUGAGGUGUUGGAUGAUGGAAGUCUUUCAUCCUUGGACGACACAAAGGUGAUUGUUCACAAGGAUGAUAAGUUCUAUCAGUUUACCAACACUCGUCACAUCGACAUCCUGACCUGCAUGGCUCCCAACUCCUGCGGGAUGUGGGCAGCAAUAACGAAAACUGCAGCUAUGAGUCACGUAGUUGUCGGGAACUGUGGCAAGACAAUCCAAGACCCGCUGAAUUUCGGCGACCGUAUCGUCUCCCACGCCGGCUACGGCUGCGUGCCCUUCCCUGACUACGUCGGGGAUUGCUCGCUCACAUUCACCUCGCCCAACGGUUAUUCAGAUUUCGUGUGGGAAACUUCAGACUUCAACACAGACGGCUUUUGCGAUGGUUUCAAUAUCACCUUAGCCUCCCCCGGUGAAACGCCUAAGGAUCUUUGCGCUUUGUCUGCAAGUUCUUCUUUUGGAAUAACACGCAAUGUCACGUAUGUCCUGCGCAUCAAAGGGACGACGACAACGAACCGCAAGUUGGUCGGCUUCACGGUGACGUUCGAAGAUGACUAGAGAUCGUCCGGCCAAACCUCAGGCAUUUGUAAUGGCAACUUGACAUUCAAUUGCUCUAAAUGCUUCUUCGGAAUUCCAUUCUACAAUGUAUUCAGCAAUGGUUUCCUUUGUAUUAUGUUGUGUUCAGCAAUUAUUUCCUUUGUAUUUAGAUGUGUUCAGCAAUUAAUUCGUUUGUAUUUUGUUGCGUUCAGCAAUUAUUUUGUUUGUAUUUUGCUGUGUUCAGCAAUUAUUUUCUU